UCAAUCAAGGGUGUUUUCCCCUUUUCCUUUGGACUCAAUAUAGAACUAUAAUAAAAGUACACAAUAUAGCAAAACUUUUCCCCUCAGUAGGCUAUUAAAGAAAACAAUGGGAUAAAAGUUGGAAGGAUCCCUUAAUAAUAAAUAAAAUUAAUUCAAAAAACAAAAUGCUAUCGUUCAUUCAGUCACGAAUUUAUCACGUACUGCAGGCCUACAUUCAGUCUGACUGUGAUAAUUGACUUAAUCAGCGGUAGGCUAAUAACGCCUCGCGCGCAAUGUCCUGCCUCAAGGUCCUCUGAUUACUCCAAUUACUGGUCUUGAAAGACAUGUUUCUUCACUACACAAAGAAACCACUCAAAUACCGCGCAAAAUAUUACUUUUGUCACGUAAUUAUAUUGUUCAAUCGAGAAUCAUUUAACUAAUUAAAACACAGCACAACCUGUAGCCUAACAAUGCUACUUAUGAUUUGUGUAAUGUUUGCAUUCUUUGCGCCACAUUACCGAUGCCUUUCAACUCUCGUGCGGCAUGAAACCGCUCAAACUAGAGCACAAGAUGCCCUGCCUCGAGUCACCUGCACCAUCCGACGAAUACGCGCAGUUUUCGGUCAAGCGGUUCUUCACAACAUGCGUGUAAAAGACAGGUCUGGAGUUAGUGUGCCUGUGCCAAAAGCCAAAGAACAUUGUGGAGUGAGAAGGGGAGAGAAGAAUGGUACCCUUUCUUUCCAGAGUCGAUAUGACAGUUGCUACACACAGGUUGAGGGUGACAGAGUCCUUGUAUCUUUGGGAGUCCAGCUGGUUGCAGGGGAUCAAUGGUACAGGGUCAAUAUUAGCUGCCCCCUGCUCAAGAAGAUGGCCCAGAAACCCAUCAUCAGUCGCACCUCACGAUCAGGAAAAUGCAGCAUCCUUAGAGCUUUGCGUGUGGACUGUGGGCCCCAGGAUGUCUCCAGUGAUGGCUGUCUGAAACUGGGAUGCUGCUAUGAUGAUCAUGACUCAACAUGCUAUUACAGAAUGAACACCUGUUCUCUGGAUGGCCAUUUUGUGUUCUCUGUGAAGGCGACGGACACUGACCCCCCACUCAACCCCAGCAACCUUGUCGUCAAGGAUCAGCCGCAGUGCUCUCCUGUAGUUACCUCUGCAGAUAUAGCCGUCUUUAAAAUCGGGGUGAUGGAGUGUGGCACAAAGAUGAGGAUGAAUGGGGAUGUUGUAAUCUAUGAGGUGGAGGUAGAGGAACUGCAUCCAAAGAUUGCAGGCAAACAUUCUCCCUUCAGUCUGCAGGUCUGGUGUCAAUAUGAUGGGACAGCUCUCCUCCACACUGAUCUGCGGUCCUUAAACCCAACUAACCCUCCACCUGUGACUGCACUGGGGACUGUCCGAGUGCAGAUGAGAAUAGCCACAGAUGAGUCGUUCACCUCUUUCUUCCCCGGGGAACAGCUGCCCCUGACCCUCUUUCUGCGUAAGCCUGUGUAUGUGGAGGUGUCAAUCGCUCCACCCUCCCCUGACCCCAGUCUCUCCCUGCGUGUGCGUGACUGCUUUGCCUACCCUGCCUCCAGACACUCCGUAUGGACACUGCUCUAUGAUGGCUGUCCUAACCCUCUGGACAACAUGAGGAGCUCCGUCCCAGUGGACAGUCAGGGGAAGACAACCUCUCACUCCCAGGUCAGGAGGUUUAAUGUCAAGACCUUUUCCUUCUUGGACCCUGAGACUGGCAAUCCCAGUGUGGAGGAGGUGUACUUCUACUGCUGGGUAGAAAUCUGCACAGAGGAGGCAGAGUGUAAACAACGCUGCUCCAUCACCUCACCUGAUGGUGAGAGGGCGAGGAGGGAGUCUGGGUCAGAUCGAGUCUCCCAGUUAGUCUCAUUUGGUCCUGUGCUGUUGGGUCAGAACAGUUCUGGACAGGAACAGGAAGGGAAUCCUAGUGAUCAUCUGAAUAUAGCAUUUCAGUUGUCUGUACCUCCAUCCUGUUCUUCCUCCUGUUCUCUUCGUGGUCAAUGAUGAGUUGUCAAGUGGAAGAAAAUGAAGUGGAAAUGGAAACCAGAAACAAGGAGACUGGCCUACAGGUUGAACAAGCCCAAUAAAGCACUUCUAUGCACACUUAA